CCUCCCCACUCACCAUACAACCCUUACGACCAUCUCCUUCACGGUCGUCGACGCUGACAUCAGACAGUGUCACGCACCUCACCACGCUACUGUCGACCCUCUUUGACGUCUUCCAGCUGAUUACAUCACACAGCGAGUGGACUCACAGAGGUCUCCACAAUCGUCAUGUACCCUACGGGCGGCGGCCAGCAAUGGGGCCAACCCGGACAACAGCAGGGCGGCUACCAGCAACCUCAGCAGACUGGCUACAUGCAGUCUCAGCCGACGGGAUAUCCCCAGCAGGGUGGAUACAUGCAAGCUCAGCAGACUGGUUACCCUCAACAGCAGCAACGCCCAAUGCAGCCUGGAAUGGGCAUGGCCCCUCAGCAGACAGGCUUCAUGGGACAGCAGCCUACCGGGAUGAUGGGCGGCAUGGGUAUGGGAAGACCCAUGGGCGUACCCUCACCUGGUAUGCUCGGUCCUGGCGGAAGCGGUCAGAUGAUGCCCCAAGGCGGGCAGCAGCGCUUCCUCUCCCCCAACACUGGCAUGAUGCCUCAACAGACUGGCAUGAUGAUGCCUCAGCACACCGCUAUGCCAAUGGGAAUGAGCAACAUGAACAUGCGAUCGCCGCAACCGACUGGAUUCAUGGGCUCACAACCCACCGGUUUCAUGGGUCCUCAGCCCACGGGCUUCAUGGGUGCCCAGCCAACUGGCAUGCCCAUGGACCCUAGGCUGCAGUUGAUGAGCACUCAAUUUCUGCCAGCCAUGCAACCAUUCAGCGGUGCGCCGACCGCUUCCAACAUGAAUUUCUCUAAUGCCAGCAUGCAGCCCUCCAACUUCCAGUCAUCCAUUCAGAACCUCUCUCAGCAACAGCAAGGCAGUCGAGAGCCGAAGAUCCCGUGGGCUUUGAGCAAGGAGGAGCGGAAGUCCUACGACUCCAUCUUUCGCGCGUGGGAUCAACAGGCAACCGGCUUCAUCUCUGGGGACGUCGCUCGUGAAGUCUUUGGCCAAUCUGGCAUCGACCGGGACAGUCUGAUGCAAAUCUGGCACCUCUCUGAUACCGAGAAUCGGGGCAAGCUGAAUCAGGCGGAGUUCCACGUAGCCAUGGGUCUGAUCUAUCGAGCGCUCAACGGAAACGAUGUUCCUUCAGAAUUACCCCCCGAUCUGGUGCCCCCGUCCGCCAAGCAACUGAACGAGUCUGUCGACUUCUUGAAGGACUUGCUGAAACGAGAUACCACCGUCCGCACAUCUACCGGGCUCAACCUUCCGGAAGCUGGCUCAAAUCGAAAUGCGAGCUACUCCAAGUCACAUUCCCUCUACCAGAAUCCUGUAGCGCCCAAGCAAGAUGCCACGGCCUACAAGCACGAAGACACGAGCGAUACUGGAUACCGCUCGAGCUCUCGUCACCUCGACCGUAAUACUGUUCGCUUCAAGGGUGAAAGCAAGGCUGACGACUUAUCCGAGAUGAAGCGACAGCUGGAGAAUACUCAACGCAUGCUUGAUUCGCGUGACGACGAAGACAACGAGGACGAACGCGAAAUUGAGAAGGAGAUGGAAGAUCUCCGAUUCCGGAUCCGUCGCAUCCAGGACGACAUCGACUACUACAACAGGAGGGGCGGCCGCGACGCCGCAGAUCAGCGUCGCAAGGCAGAGCGAGAGCUCAUGCAGCUCAUGCACGAGAGGCUGCCUCAACUGGAGAGACGUCUAGAGGAGAAGGACAAGAAGAAGAGGGACAAGAAGCUCGACGAGAGCCGCGCUCGGGACUUGCGUAAUCAGGAGGGGAACCGCCGAGGCGCGUCGUCUACCUAUGACUCCGAUCGUGAGCGAGAUCGCUACGAUUCCUCAAGGAGCAAUGGAGAGUACCUGCGCGGCAGCUACGAGCGCAGCGACGAUCGGGACCGCGAGCGUUCGCGAGAUCGAUAUGACGAUGAUCGGAACAGGGACUACGAUCCAAGUCAGCGUCGAGACAGAGACCGCAACGACCGUGUUCGCAGUCCACCUCCGGCACCGGCGUCCCCCGCUCAGAACUCCAGAGCUGCUCCAGCACCUCCUGCUGCUGCUGCUGCCCCUGCCUUGAGCCCCGCACCGACCCCUGCAGCAGCUGCCACUCCCGCUGCAGGACCUCCCAAGAACAUGACUCCCGAAGAGAGGCAAGCUUGGAUCCGAUCGGAGGCUCAGAGGAGGAUCAGCGAGAGGAUGCAGGCUCUCGGUGCAUCAGCGCCACCCUCCACUGCGACAGACUCGUCUGUAGAGGACCGUCUCCGAGCAGAAAGAGCAGAAGCUGACGCUCGGGCCGCCGCUGCUGAUCAAGAAUCAGCUGCUCGGGAGCAGGCACGGAGGGCUAGGCUCGAAGAGCAGAAGCUCGCCAAGGACAAGACAGCUGUCAAUACUGUCAAGAGCGAAUUGGCAGAAGCAGCCAAAGGCCCGGAUGCGCCACCGGCUCCCGUACUCCAGGCCGCGAGGGAGCAGAUCGAUGAAGACGAGCAGAUGAUCCGACGAAGGGAGGAAGUCCUUGCCAAGGAGAAAUCCCAGCGCGAGGCUCGCUUCAAGAAAUUACAGGAGGAGGAAGAGGAGGCUCAAAGGCAAGAAGAGCUGUUCAAGGAGAGGCAAGGCAAAUUCUCCGGCAAGACGUCGCAACCUGCUACCCCUAGCGCUCUGCCUCCGCCAUCAAGAAAGAAAGCCGGCGGUCCACCUCCGCCUCCUCCGACCCGUUCUCGCGCUGCACCGACCCCUGCAGCGGCGGCAGUUCCCCCACCUCCCCAGGCACCUCCUGCUGUCUCUCCACCUGCUACCUCUACGCCCAUGGCGUCCACACCUUCCGCUGCACCCUCUGGCGGUCCAAGUAGCACCAAUCCUUUCCACCGAUUGCAAGGCGGUGGCGUAGCUUCUCCUGCCGCUGCAGGAGCUCCAGGGGGCACCAAUCCCUUCUUCCGCGGUGGAAAUGAUGCUGGUGCAGUAGGAUCAUCGAAGCCUUCGCCGGCUGCUGUCAAUGCUAAUCUGCCUCCAGCAUCUCGACCUGCGGCAAAGUCAGUCCCAUCGGCAGCCCCUGCAGCAAGAGGUCCCAGCGGUCCUCGUCCACCACCGCCAUCUCAUGAUGACGACUGGGGGGACUCAGACAAGGAAGAAGAGGAUGACGAUGACGACGACGGACCUGGCUCGACCACCCGAGCUACUCGGCAAAAUCUCGCUCAAGCACUCUUCAGCGGUCUCGUCCCAAGUGGAGGCGGCAGUAGUGGUCGCUCCACGCCGACGCCAACGAACGCCGCCCCUUCGUCUGCCCCACCUGCCCCACCUGCAGCCCCUCCAGCUCCUCAGGCACCGCCGGCCCCUUCGGCUCCACCAGCACCCGCAGCACCAGCGGCCCCUCCGGCCCCUCCUGGAGCCUUCCCUUCUCCUGCCGCUGCUCCCUCUGUCCCUGCCGGGCCAGUAGAUCGAGGUGCGCUCCUUGGCCAGAUUGCUGGAGGACUAAAGCUCAAAAAGGCAGUCACGCGAGAUGCCAGUGGACCUCCUGUCAGCGGCAAAGUCAUUGGCGACGCGGCUCCACCCGUACAAAAGUACGUGCCUCCUCCCAGCCCACCCCCUGCUCCAUCUAGCGAUGAUCCAUCCGCAGCCGAUGAUAGCUUCGCUUCGAGGAAUCCCAACCGGCAGAGUGUCGACUGGGCAAAUAAUCUUGCCGCCGACCAAAUGAACGGUGGUCCGCCUCGCGCCGCCUUCGUUCCCGAUGAGCCAUCGCUGCGAGAGGAAGAGGAGAGUGACGAUGAUCAAGCCGGCCCAGAGAGCCUCGAUGGGCCUUCGCUGGCUCAUCGCGCGGCUCCAGGCCUCGACACCUCCACGGCUCACGGCUCCUUGAGCAUGGACACUCCCGCUGCCCUGGAAGGGGACGCUGCCGCUGACGCGCUUGACGACUUCGACACUAGUCGCACAAUACGCGUUCGGACCCUGUAUCCUUAUGCGGGGCAGCGAGAUGAGGACCUUUCUUUCGAAGAGAAUGCUCUCGUCCUUGCUCAUCCUGGAAAGGAUGUGAGCAGUGAUUGGAUGUACGGUACACUCCUGACCGGAGGAGCUGGGAAGAAGGGUCUCUUUCCGAAGGCUUACGCAGCCGAGUUGACCAAUGCUGUUCAUGCUCGUGCUCUGUACGACUUCGCUGGCGGCUCGAUAGACGAGGCGAGCUUCUCAGAAGGGGACGAGCUCAAGGUGGUAGAUCAAGAGGAUGCAAGCUGGUGGAAAGUCGAGCACGGAGACAGCAUCAAGAUCGCUCCUGCAACUUACCUCGAGAUCAUCGCUGGCACUCAUGGAUACGGACAUACGCAGUCCACGCAGCCACAGAGCAAAGCUGAACCCAACAGCCGGGACCUCUCCACUGCCGACGCUGUCAGUGCAUCAUCUCAACGGCUCGAUAGUGCGUCUCAGCCAUCCUCAGCUGAGAAUGCUCAGAGCCGGGGGGUGUCACAGCAGACUGGCAAUGGCGGUCCCCCAGCUGCGAAUUACGGAAGAGAUGCAGAAGACUCGCAAGACGAAGAUGAUUACGAUUCCGACUCCACUACUGGCUGGAGUUCCAGCAGUGAUGAAGACAACGACGACCCUAACGACACUCCGAGCAGUGAGGUAGAAGGGCAGGAGGAGGAGGAGGAAACAGAAGAAGCCCAUGAAGCCCGAGCUGCAGAGCGCAUGAGGGUGCUAGAGGCAGCUGGUCUACUUGUGAAGAGCGGUCAAGGCCAAGGUCCACCGCCCCCUCCCGGUGCCAGGCCUGCUGAGAAUCUCUUGCUGCGACGCAAGGCGACUGUGCGACGCGGCCCAAGACCCGAGGCGCCUGCCCGUAAACGGACAGCGAAGAAGGCCGCCAAGCCAGAGAGGCCUCUUCCUGCUCCACCAACUCCCGCUCGUGAUGCUCCUGAGCCUGAGCGACACCGUGAAGAGCAAAUGGAAGAUGCCUACGAUCGUUUCACGAAGCUUCAGAGCGAGAUGAACAACAUGAGGGUGUCCUUCUCAGCGCAGUCUAGUGCAGGCUCAGCCUCUGGAAGUCACGACCAACCCUUUGUGGCUCCUGCGUCAGUUGAGUCCCUCAGGGUCACGACACCUCCUCCGAGAUCGGGUACUGGGACCCCCGCAGGCGAUACUCACCCAUCUGAGACUACCCCUGAGUCUCGUUCAGGUGGCCGGUUUUCUUCGUUUGCCUCAUCUCUACGCUCAAAAGCAGGUCAGCUCACCGCAAGUCAGCCGGAGAGGAGGGCUACUCCGGUCAUCUCUGGUCCUAUGAGCAACGUCACCGAGAAUGCAGAUCAGCCCAUGCGAACACCUUCGUCUUCAUCCUCUGCGCCCCCACCGCCAUCUGCAACUAGCUCGACAUGGGGCAGCUUCGUAGGCAGUGAAGCUCUCGCGACCCUACCCGACAAGGAGCGCAAGCGGCAAGAAGCCAUCUUCGAGCUCUGUCAGACCGAGGCCACACACGUACGCGACCUUCAGACCAUCAUCGAAGUCUUUUACAACUCCAUCGAGGAGCAGAAGUUGCUCGAUGACAAGGCUAGGAUGGUCAUCUUUGCCAAUAUCGAAGAUGUCAUGAUUGCUUCAGUCUCCUUCCUCAGCGAUCUUGAAGAGCGACAGAGGACCUCUCGACUUUACGUUGACCACAUCGGAGACAUUUUGUCUCGACAUAUUCCUGCUAUGAGAGUAUACCUGCCUUACUGCACCAACCAGACUACCGCCUCCCAGAUCCUGCAAGCGGAACGAGCGCGGAACCAGCCCCUCGACAAUCUCCUGGGCCGCCUCCGCGCCGGCCAAGGACGAGGUCUCGAUCUGGCUUCCUACCUUUUAACGCCCAUGCAACGCAUGACCCGAUACCCUCUGCUGAUUGGCCAGAUCCUCAAAUAUACCGAAGCAGACCAUGCAGACUGGGAAGCACUGAAGAGGGCCAAUACGAUCGCCGAAGGCAUCCUGGCUAGUACGAACGAGCGGAUCCGUGAAAAUGAGAGUCGCGAGAGACUGAGACUGCUAAGCCAGACGCUCUACGUAGGCGACGAGGCGCGCAUCGACCUGACCAAGCCCACACGGUUCAUGGGUGAUCGUCGGAUCCUCAAGGAGGAGGUGCUGGGCAAGGCCAAGUCCAAGUCGGGACGCAAGUUGACCCUCAUCCUCUGCAAUGACCUGCUGCUCAUCCUCACCGGUCCGCACCUGUAUCGCAUGCCUGCUCCCCUCGAGGAGAUCGUAGUCAAGGAGGCCUCUAGUGGGAUCAAGAGUCGCGCAGAGGGAACCUUUCAGAUUGUUAUUGGUGGGACGGAGAAGAUUGGGCUGAGAUGUUCAUCGGUUAGGGCUUGUCAUUACUGGAUGAGGUCCAUCGAAGAGGCACGCAGCGAGUGUUUGGCUGCUGCUAUGGCAAGUCAGGCUGAUUCGAGGCAGCAGAGGCGACGCUCUAGCAAAUUGGCUUAGGCUGAACAAUGCACAUGGGUGACGCAUCGUGGCAUGGCCCCAUCUGAUCACUGAUCAUCAAGUCUUGUCUCGCAUUGAGCCACAACAUACCUUGCAAUACCAUAACCUC